GGCUCCGGUUGCUCUUCCGGCGUGCGUACGCCUCCUUCGGCUUUCUCUUGUUAAUGGCCGCCGGCGUCUGCUGAGUGGGACGCAGACAACCGCUGCUCACACAGGGAAAGUCUCCCUGCCUCCCGUUUUCCGCUCGCUGCUAGUGCCCGAGCUCGCCAGCAUGUCUGUGGUGCCGCCCAAUCGCUCGCAGACCGGCUGGCCCCGGGGAGUCACCCAGUUCGGCAACAAGUACAUUCAGCAGACCAAGCCCCUCACCCUGGAGCGCACCAUCAACCUGUACCCUCUUACCAAUUACACUUUUGGUACAAAAGAGCCUCUCUAUGAGAAGGACAGCUCUGUUGCAGCCAGAUUUCAGCGCAUGAGGGAGGAAUUUGAUAAAAUUGGCAUGAGGAGGACUGUAGAAGGUGUUUUGAUUGUCCAUGAGCACCGGCUACCCCAUGUGUUACUGCUACAGCUGGGAACAACGUUCUUCAAAUUACCUGGUGGUGAGCUUAAUCCAGGAGAAGAUGAAGUUGAAGGACUAAAACGCUUAAUGACAGAGAUACUGGGUCGUCAGGAUGGAGUCCUGCAAGACUGGGUCAUCGAUGACUGCAUUGGCAACUGGUGGAGACCAAAUUUUGAGCCUCCUCAGUAUCCAUAUAUUCCUGCACAUAUUACAAAACCUAAGGAACAUAAGAAGUUGUUUCUGGUUCAGCUUCAAGAGAAAGCCUUGUUUGCAGUCCCUAAAAAUUACAAGCUGGUGGCUGCACCGCUGUUUGAACUAUACGACAAUGCACCUGGAUAUGGACCCAUCAUUUCUAGUCUCCCCCAGCUUUUGAGCAGGUUCAAUUUUAUAUACAACUGAGUUGCUGCACAGCAGAGAAGUAAGAGAAGCCGUCUCAGUGAGCACAGCUAUACACAGUGUAGAAGAAACAUCCCUGAAGUUUUUUUGGUGUUAUCCCUUUCCCAGUCCUGAAAUUACCACCUACUUUCUAUGGUCUGAAUAGUAAAGUUAAUAUGAAAAGCUAGAUUGUGCUGUAAACAAAUGUGAUAUUGUUUAGUUUACUUUUGGUUCUACACAAAUAUUUUUUGUACAACAUUAAAGAAAGUGGACUUCUUUCUAUGUUUUUUUGUUGUUUUGAUUUUUAAUUUCACAUUACACUUGUAAAAUU